CGUAGCAGGAAAUUAUCAAAAUAUCGCGUGUCACUGUGGUGUCAGGUUGGGUAGGUGUCGUGAGCAGUUGGCGACCUUUCAAGAUUCAAGGCCUCCAGUUACGUGCAGCUGAGAGGCCGUCCGUCAUUCACCAGCUGAUGCUGCCGCAGUUGUGAGACGGCGGGAGGCAGCCGGGUGCAUAUUUGACAGGCACACCCCGAACGACCGGCCUCACGAUGUCGAAGCACAUCCGAUGGGACAACUUGUUCACGUACGACACCCUCGUACACGCUGUCGGAGGAGCCGCCGGCAGUGCAAUGGCCAUGACCGUGUUCUUUCCUCUUGACACGGUCCGCUCCCGCCUGCAAGUCGAGCAGCACCGAGAAUCGAAAAGCACCCUCGCCCUCCUGCGUGAGAUUCUGCGUGACGAAGGACCGGGCGGUGUGUACAGAGGCUUGGGACCCGUGCUGACAUCGCUGUGGUGCUCGAACUUCGUGUACUUCUACUCGUUCCACGGUCUCCGAUCGGUAGUCGCCGCAGGCGACGCACGCCGGCACGGAGCCCUGUCGGACCUCUUGCUGGCUGCCCUCGCUGGUGUCGUAAACGUCCUCACAACCACGCCGCUAUGGGUCGUGAAUACGCGGAUAAAGAUGCAGGGAGCCAAGCUGGCCGCCGGCGACCGCGAGUCCCUCCGCAAGCACCCGCGGUACGAGGGCCUCUGGCACGGUCUGGUGCACAUCGCCCGCACGGAGGGCAUGUCGGCCUUGUGGGCCAGCACCUUACCUUCGCUCGUGCUCGUCUCCAGCCCUUCCGUGCAGUUCAUGGUUUACGAGGCGCUCAAGCGGCGCGCCGACAGCGCUGGCCUGCCCCUCAACGGCGCCGUCGUCUUCCUCAUCGGGGCGGUGUCCAAGGUGAUCUCGACUGUGGCUACUUACCCGCUGCAAUUGGUGCAAGCCAAAAUGCGCUACGGCUGCCCACCGGAGCUGACCAACAAGAGCCUGCUCGGAAUUUUGAUGCACAUCGCCCGAACGCAGGGUCUUCCUGGUCUCUACAGGGGUCUCGAGGCCAAGCUCUGGCAGACGGUGCUCACGGCGGCGCUCAUGUUCGUCGCUUACGAGAAGAUCGUGCGCUUCGUCAUGCAAAUAUUGAGGCCAUCGGCGGUGCGCCGCGCUGCUUAGUGAACAAAGAACAACACAAAACCCCGCAAAAGGUUCGAAAUUUGUUUAUUUUUUUAUUUUUUUCUGCUUUAUACGACGCCCCACAGCUGUGCUGUCGGUCAUCUUCGCCCCAGCGACAAACGACGAGACUGCCAGCUGCUGAAUUUUGUGUAGGCCGCCUGCAGAAGGUCGUCCAAGUGGCCCGCUAACUGCGUAAACAAAACAUAUGACACCGCUAUUAGGACAGCUUGUAGUGGCAUCGAAGGAAAAUAAAUUUAACAAUGGCAAUAAGUGCAAAUGACAA